ACGCUCCAGCCCCGCGUUUGAAAUCUGUCACCCUCAUUUAGGAGCUCUGCAUCUCUGGUUGUCACCGGUGAGUAAUGAUCACUCGGCGAUAAGAUCGCUCCGUGGCGUUCAGCCGGCGUCGCCGGGGGAAAGAGAAGAAAGGAAAUUAGAAGGCGUUUAACUGCUUUAGCAGCCUGUUCUUCAGUGUCAUCGGUGGGUGUCAGGGUCAAAUGACGGGCCGGACAGCAGCUUGGAAAGAAAAUUUCCUUCCUCCUUUCGUUGAAAGAUACCUUGGGUGAUGGUAAGCAUUGCCAGCUAUGGAAAACAGAGACCUUGGUGGUAAUCCUUAACAUAAUACCAUGCCGGAUCCCAGCUGUUACGCCACUUUCUCUCCUCUCAACCUGCCGGACCCGGUGGGCUUUGGGUGACCUACAGAGGAAGACCCAUCUCCGCAGGAGCAGGAAGGCCAUGAACAGCAGAUAGCUGAUAUGAGGACUUUGUUGACUUCAGAAAGCUGAGUGUAACACCAACAGACUGCAGUGAAAGGAAAUAUUAUCCUUCCAAGCAACUCAUACAUGGACAACUUCUGGUAGCUUUAAGUUAACCCGUUGCUCACCUGGAAAGACACGGCUGUUGUUUUUUUCAGCAGACAUGGAGGAAGGCAACAAACUUUGUAACCCUGGCUAAUAAGACUGUGUCUUUCUUCUCAAAAGUAGGAGGUAGGCCAAUUAUAAAAGGAUUAUUUUAUACUUAGCCUCCAGGACUUUAACUCUGGCCUGAACACUGGACAUAAAUAGAAGCCAAUUUUAAUGACCUGAGAUUUUACUACCUGUGCUUUAUUAUUGUUAUCAGUUCUUUAAUACUUUGGUACUUUAUUUCUUGAAAUUAGAAAUGGGUUUGCGGACUAGAAUGUGGCCCACAGAUUGGGCUGUUCUCAUGAAAUCAUGGCUUAUCGUUUCCCUGGGGCUCUACAUGCAGGUCUCCAAAACUUUAGCCUGCCCGAAAGUGUGCCGCUGUGACCGAAACUUUGUCUACUGUAAUGAGCGAAGCUUGACCUCAGUGCCUCUUGGGAUACCGGAGGGUGUAACCGUCCUCUACCUCCAUAAUAACCAAAUUAAUAAUGCUGGGUUUCCUGCAGAGUUGCACAACGUCCAGUCUGUGCACACGGUCUACCUGUAUGGCAACCAAUUAGAUGAAUUCCCUAUGAACCUGCCCAAGAACGUCAGGGUUCUCCACCUGCAGGAAAACAACAUCCAGACAAUUUCUCGGGCUGCCCUUGCUCAGCUUUUGAAACUGGAAGAGUUGCACCUGGAUGAUAACUCCAUUUCCACUGUUGGUGUUGAGGAUGGGGCAUUCCGGGAGGCUAUCAGCCUCAAGCUUCUGUUCUUGUCCAAGAAUCACUUAAGCAGCGUACCAGUCGGCCUUCCGGUGGACUUACAAGAGCUGCGAGUAGAUGAAAACAGAAUUGCUGUCAUUUCAGAACUGGCUUUUCAGAAUCUUACAAGUCUGGAGCGUCUGAUUCUGGAUGGUAAUCUCCUUACUAAUAAAGGCAUAGCUGAAGGCACCUUCAGCCACCUCUCCAAGCUCAAGGAAUUCUCUAUAGUGCGGAAUUCACUGACCCAUCCUCCUCCUGAUCUUCCAGGUACCCAUCUGCUAAGGCUCUACUUGCAGGACAACCAGAUAACCCAUAUACCACUCACAGCCUUUUCAAACCUCCACAAGUUGGAACGUCUUGAUAUUUCCAACAAUCAGCUUCGGUUGUUGGUAAAGGGGGUAUUUGAUAACCUCCACAACCUGAGGCAGCUCACUGUAAGGAAUAAUCCCUGGUUGUGUGACUGCAGUAUUAAGUGGGUCACUGAAUGGCUCAAAUUUAUUCCAGCUUCCAUCAAUGUACGGGGUUUUAUGUGCCAGGGACCAGAGCAGGUCCGAGGUAUGGCAGUCAGGGAGCUCAAUAUGAAUAUGUUGUCAUGUCCCACCACCACCCCUGGCCUUCCACUUAUCAUCACCCCAAUCCCAGCAACAGCCAUGCCAACUACAUUGGUUCCCACCUCAUCAGUUCCUUCCCCAAGUAGCAAAUAUAAUCCUCUCAGUCCCACCAUAGCCACACUCCCUACUGUGCCUGACGGGGAGGACAGAGAAAGGAUGACACCUCCUAUAUCUGAACGAAUUCAACUCUCCAUCCAUUUUGUGAAUGACACUUGCAUCCAAGUUAACUGGAUGUCUCUCUUUACCGUGAUGGCAUAUAAACUCACGUGGGUUAAAAUGGGCCAUAGUCUAGUAGGAGGAAUUGUUCAGGAACGAAUAGUUAGUGGUGAGAAGCAACACUUAAGCUUAGUAAAUCUGGAGCCAAAAUCCACCUACAGGAUUUGUUUGGUUCCCCUGGAUACUUAUAACAAUUAUCGAACUGGAGAAGACACCAUCUGUUCAGAAGCCACAACCAAGGCUUCCUUUUUGAGCAAUGGCAGCAACAUCCCCUCCAGCCAUGAGCAGACGACUUCUCAGAACCUGGGCUCCCCGUUUCUGCUGGCAGGGUUGAUCGGGGGUGCAGUAAUAUUUGUCCUCGUGGUCCUGCUGAGCGUGUUUUGCUGGCACAUGCACAAAAAGGGGCGUUACACCUCCCAGAAGUGGAAAUAUAACAGGGGACGUCGGAAAGAUGACUACUGCGAGGCAGGAACCAAGAAGGAUAACUCCAUCCUGGAGAUGACGGAAACCAGCUUCCAGAUUGUCUCCUUAAAUAAUGAUCAGCUCCUUAAAGGAGAUUUCAGACUGCAGCCCAUUUAUACCCCAAAUGGGGGCAUUAACUACACAGACUGUCACAUCCCCAACAACAUGCGAUACUGCAACAGCAACGUCUCAGACCUGGAGCACUGUCAUACGUGAUAGUGAGAGGAGACGGGGGUGUCUAGGACAAAGAGAAGAACUCUGGAAAAAGUAACCUCCCAACAGCAAUGAAAAAAUUACAUUUGAUAAAUGUUACCCAGAUGCAUUUAUGCAUUUGAAUACUCUGUAAUUUAUACGGUGUACUAUAUAAUGGGAUUUAAAAAAAGUGCUAUCUUUUCUAUUUCAAGUUAAUUGCAAAUGGUUUUAUAACUCUUUGCUUUUUAAAUCUUUAAAAAAUAUUGCUAAGUACUGUACAGGGUUGUACAAUAAGAACCCAAUGUCAUGGCAAAGGAAAGAAUGACUCAUUCUUCAAACAUUAACCACUUUGCUGUCGAAGCUGUCUGAGGGAUGUUAAGUUUCUAGAUGUCCUGUAGUACAGGAAAAUAAGUGCAUAUUAAAGCAGGGUCACUAGGAACAGACAAAAGCAAUUCAGGUAAAAGGGAUAAAGCUCUUCUGACUUGAACAUGACAGCUGCUGUUGAGCUUCAAACAACUGGAAAUGCAUCCAUUCUCUUUUGUCAGUUCUGCAGUUCCUACCUCCAACUAAAAGCUGGAGUUCUGAGUGCUACCAAAAGGCUAUUUUCUUGCUUGAUUAGUUUCCUCCCAAUAUACUUGGAAUAGGAAAGGUAGACAGAGCUCAGUGUCAAACUCAAAGUGACCUUGAUUCGUAUUUGAAAAAGCUAUUCUGAAAAUGUUCCCCAAUACUAUAUACUUUUCUGAUAGAAACCGUUUCAACUUUUCAUUAUGUUUAAGAAGCUUUAGGCAUUCUCUGACCCUUCUCAGUGGGAGAUGAAGUUAUCAGUAUGUAACAGAUACCUGUCAUUGGGUUGGACCUCACUUUAAUUGAGCAGCAUUUGUUGACACAGCAUGUUCAGGUAUAGCCUGAAGGAGGGGAAUUCUGAGUGCUCCCAGCUCUGCAAUAUUAAUGUUUGCAAUAUUUGGAAUCUCAAAGUGUAAUUUGCUGAAAACAUGAUGCAAAAUAUGAUGCCAAUGGAAAAGUUGCUACUAAGUUUUAUGGUUCAAACUCUCUUUCAUUUAGAGGUCUGAGUUAUAUUGAGUAUGCAGAAGUAGGAAAAAAAAGACAGAGAAAACAAAUAAAAAAUAUCUAAAAAUUUAAUUAUUGGAAAUGCUUCCAGGCUGAACUGAAAUAUGUUCAGCAGGGAAUAUCAUGUCUAAAUUCUGAUUUGUUUGGGUAUCUUUCUUGUUGUGGGGGUUUUUUUUUGUUUUGGUUUGGUUUUGGUUUUGUUUGUUUUGGUUUGGGUUGGGUUUUUUUUUCCCUAUUCUAGCAAAGGGAGAUGGACAUCAACUAAGCAUUUGAUUAGCUAAGGAGUUUUGAGAACACAAGUACACAUUGUCCCUUGGAAUAACCCCUCUUCUAUCUUUAGCUUUUGGAAGUUUUCCACACUGAUUUGUGCUUUAUUAGCAAUAUAUGGACUUAGAAUUAGGGUUUUUUACUCCCUUGAAUUCUUUAUCUGGUAUAGCUUCUGAGGCCUUGAGCUUUACAUGCACUACAUGAAGCAUCACACUUGUAUUAAAACCAUGAUGCUGCUGCUCUCAAAAUUCUAUAAUGUCCCAGCCACGCCAUUAACUGCGUGGCUGCCAAGAGUUCUGGAUUUCUUUCCAGCUCAGUGGUGGGAUCUAACUCUUCCUUUCUUUCAGUUUGUUUGUUUUUUGAAGUGGUUCACUUUCUCUUGAGCUUGGAGACAAGCAAAAGUUCAGAGGAAAGAGAAGAGUCAGACACAAAGCUUAUCUGAGGCAACAAGGAACAAAAGAGAGAACUUCUUAAAGUGACCGCCUAGGGACGAGGAGAAGUUGUUAGAAGUGGAUCAGAAGUAAAGACUAAAGCAGUUUCACUUUGGAAUGUUUAGACUUUUCAGUUGAUGAGACUGCUUAUGUUAGGAGAGAGGGUCUCAAUCCAUUCCUUUGCACAUUUCACUCAAACCAUUCCUGAAAUUUAGCAGUCAAUGACUGUGCAGUUUCUCAAAUUCAAAUCACAUGAUCAUUUUCUGCUAUGGCAAAGUGAAUCCAGUUAUAUUGAUGGCAAAGUACAAUCAUUGUGUAAGGAACAGCAUCCUCCCCCAACACUUUUUAUAAUCACAUUUUGAAAUUCCACUCUAUAUUCUGUAUAUUUGCUAUUUUCUCCAGCUAUAACAGGUAUUUUAGGCAACCUGUGUGGCUACUGUAAUAGUAAAGUCACUGAAAUUUUGCUGAAUAAAAGGCUGCCAUAUGAUUUCAAGUGGUGUAAUUCUAGGUAGAGAUGUCUAUGCAAAGUCGCUUUUUCUGUGAAUUAUUUACUGAAGAUUAUGAUGAGAAGGUUGAUACUUUGUUUUGUUUGUUUACUAUGUUUUAGCUGCCAAAGCCCAUAAGACAAGCAGCAACUAGUUGUGCUUCACCACUCUUCCACUGCAUGCUGGUGUUUGUUUGACAUUAAGUAGAGCCAGAGAUUCCCACUGGAUGUGGAUUUAGUAUUUAAUUUCUCUGAAAUAACUAGCUGUAUGUUUGAUUUGAAAAUGCAUCCUUUGAAAGUACAUGCUUAUUAGAAUUUUGUACUUCAAUAACUGAUGCUAGAGGAAUCUUUGUACUCCUUGAUGAAUGUCAUCUGUUCUAGGCCUCAGGAUACCAUAGCUUCAAGAUGAUCUAGGUCUCUUAUUUCUAGCAAAUUACUUUAUUCAGGGAGUUCAGCCUUACUGCAGGUGAAUGAUCCACAAGCCCAAACCAAUGACAACAGAUGUGGUUACUGACCUAACAGGGUGAAAACAGAAGGCAUUCACAAACUGUUCAUUUUGACCUCAGAUGAUGAAAUGUAUAUUUGUCUAUUUGUAGACUACUACAUGCUUGCCUGGAUAAAAAAAUCAAAAUUAUAUAUAUUAAAGACAGCAUAUUUUAUGCUUCUUUUUAGUAAAAAAAGGAUAAAUAAAUUGGAUGGGAUACUGACAGUUUCUUUUCUAUAAAUAUACUUCUGAAAAAAGUGGCGAGCCAUUUAUAUCAAAAUUUGUGGAUAGAGCUGGGAGUGUUAUCUAAACAAAUUCACAGUUGCAAUCAACAGAAAAGUCAUAUGCUUCAUUUGAAGAAUGUUUCUCACAGUUCCAAUUGCUAUCUGGCUGCAAAAGGGUUAAUAUACUUCAACCUAUAAGAGAGGUUGGGAUGUUUCAAAGUGUCAGCUGCACAAACAGCUUAGGCUUCAUUUCAGGUCACAUCUAGACAAGUACACAAUGGGCAAUUUACACUAGGUAAAAUAUUUUGAGAAAAGCCAGUAUUAAAAAUGAAAAAUGGAAAAUUACCUUCUGGCAGUGUAAAGUUUAAGAUUAGUAACUUUUUCCUUGGGCUUCCUAAAGCUGGAGUCAUCCUCCCUUAGUGCAAAUAUCUGACCACAGACACUUAACAAAGACUCUAGAGCUUAAGUCCCAAAUAUGUGCACAUACAACUCAUUAAAAAUGCUAAGUUCCAGUUCCUCAUUUGAACAGGUUCAUUGGUUCUUGAGGUAAAUGUGUGGUUUAUAGACAAAAUCUCACGCCCCUUCCAUUGUAUACUGCCCAUAGCUGACAUAAAUGUACAGAAAAGAUUGGUGAGUGGAAUAAAGUAAGAGUUUCAGUGAAAUUAUGUUAAAGCAGUGUCACAACACUGCUGUGUCCAGUGCUUGGGUUCCUUGUGAAUACUUAUUUAUUUACAAACAGGUCCUGAUUUUCACAGACUCAGUGUAACAGGUUCUCCUUGCAUGUAGCUUGCUUGCAGAAACAAACACCUGAUGAACGCAUAGACUUGCUGUUAACAGUUUCUAAUUGGAGACAUUAGUGUUUAAUUUCUUCGUAAGAAUAUUUAGGGAUUGGGUUCCUUUGGACUGAAGAGAUGUUAGUUUUCCUUGUGAGCCAAUAAACUACUAUGAUGAAUGUAACAGAAAACAGAAAAAUGAAGUAGCUUAUGCUAUUUGCUACAAGAGCAGUUCAGCUAUAUUUUUCUCUAAAUACUUUUUCUUUCCAUGUGAGAAAAUUUUUCCCUUGAAAAAUGUAUCAAUUUUAAUUUAUCAAGCAAAAGAACUUUAUACAUAUUGAAUUGUUUUUAUGGUUUUGAGGGUCUACAUAAGGCACUUUAUUAAUUGCAUUAAAGUGAAAGUUCAGUCUCAGCUUUUGACAGUGAAGUGGUUAAUUCCCAUUGAAUUCUCCAUUUAUAGUACUUCGUCACCUUAAAUUAUAACAUGGAGAUAUUAAAGUUUUUUUCUUUAGAACACAAGAAUAAUGGUUUUACUCGUGACUUACCUUUCCAGCUCAGUGGAAAACCAAAACAGAAAUGAGUGCCAAAACAAAAACUGGCUCUGAGCCUCAUAAAAUCCUUCCUGAUGCUCUUUUCUAAACACAGAGGCAAUUCUAGGAAGCUGAUGAUCACUCCUUCCCUGAACUCUACUGAACAGGGCACUUUGUAUCCCAGGUGGUACAAUAGGUUAUAUUGAAGCAUUUGGUAUUAAACUUAUGUACAGCGUAGAAUGUCUUGCUCUUUAAAAGGACAAUGGCUAGUAGUCUAUCUGAAAAACUAGUACAAAAGAGGUGUGGCAAGCUUUUAUUAUACUGGGGCUUUGUGGAAAUGUGCUUCAUGAGAGCUGAAUUCUGAUCCUCUCGGAAACAGAUAAGCUACUAAACAAAUUGUUAUGAUCACUAGGUCCCAAACAUCUGAAGAUGAUCUCUCAUAAAAUUGGUUUUAAAUGAGACAUGCACACUUGAUUCUGUUCUGUGUUUGGUAUACUUUCUAUCUUUAACAUGGAAAAAUAGAUGGUUUGAAAUCUGCAUUACCUGUUUUCUGCAAUCUGCCAUGUUGCACGCAUUGUUAACUUCAAAACCUCACUAUACACUAUAUAUUAUCUUGUUGACAUAUUCAGUAAAGAGUUAUUUAAAAAAUACAACCAUCCUACUGUAUUUAUAUGAGCAAGUUAAUUAAAAGGUGUUGUGAAUAUCUCAAAGCGAAAACAGAAAAACAGAAACAUUCAACUUCUGUAUUUUCAUUCCUGGAUUUAUUUUCAGAUGUUCUACUGCACGUGCACCCUUUCUUCUGGUUCUGAAAGACAAAUAUUUUACUCUUCUUUCUAAGUGUUAAACCAUUUUUUUCUUCCAUUUCUCAGAUUUGAUCUUCAUAAUAUUAUCACAUUCUGAUAUGCAUAUAAGAAAGCACUGUAAAGCAAGAACAGGUUGUAUUCCCAUCUUUGCAAUUAAUAGGUACACUCAAGCAACUACACAUCUACAGAUACACAUAUAAAUAUGUAUGUGGAAGCUAUGGCCUAUUAUAUGCAUAGUCAUUAGACACAUGCAUUCAACAUUCAUCCUUGACAGUCUUAAACCUGCCUCUUGCCUAUUACUGUCUGUUUAAUACUGCCUUGAAAUGUAAUUUUUUUCAAAUUCUACCUUAAAAAUUGUUCUUGAAAUUUUCAGACUGCACAACAUCCAGACAUAGGCCUUAAUAAAUUUUUGUGUAUCUUAUACCUAGCAUAUAUGUUCAUAUGUACAGUCUAUAUAAAGAGAUGCUUUAGCUGCUUAGAAAUGAAAACUACCCCUCUUCUAGUUAGGUAUAAAAAAAAUAAUUUUGGCUUUGCCAGAACCAGAAAUACUGAAUGUUACAAGUUUUGUAAUUUCAAAGCUUAGAAAUGUAAUACUGCUGAGUGUCCUGAGCCUCAGAGUUCCUCUAAAAAUUAUCCUAUUCUCUAUCUUAACAAUGAAUACCAACUAAAAGCACUGAGAGCUGCUUGCAGUGCAAUGCAUCCACAUCUAGGUCCCCUCCUCAAUAUGCUUCCCUAACUUGAUGUUCCCUCUGAGUCAGAUUAGAGCCUUACAGCUAAACCUUUUUGCCUUACCAAAGGAAGGUGGACAACAGAGGUAAAUUAAAUUAUGAACACUUGUGAUCAUUUCUCUAUUUCUGGCAAAAAUAAUGACAUCAUCAUUUUCAAUUGAUGAUUUU